AUGGGCCGACAGUCCAGGUCCCGCAUUGCGCCCAACACGGAGGUGAAUGUCAUCCAAGUGGAGGUGUCUCUGCCCAGCGGCGCCAGCUGCUCCGUGGCCUUGGGCGCCGAGGCCUCGGUGGCGGAGCUCAAGGAAGCGGCGCAGCGGCAGCUGAAGCGCCGCUUUUUGACGCUGGUCCUGGGCCAGCGCCUGGACCCGAGUGCCAGCUUGAGCCAGGCGGGGUUGAAGGACGGGGAUGCCGUCGCUGCGAUCGCGCAACAUGCGCGGCUGGUGGCCACUUUCGGGGCCUUCGCCCUUUAUGUGGGAGGCAGCAGAGCGGUGACCUGGGGCGAGGCCAAGUGUGGCGGGGACAGCAGCCAGGUGCGAAAGCAGCUGGUGCGGGUGCAGCAGAUCUCGGCGACGCGAGCUGCGUUUGCUGCCAUUCGGGAGGAUGGCUCGGUGGUGACCUGGGGCGAUCCGGACUAUGGAGGCGACAGCAGCCAGGUACAGGAGCAGCUGACAAAAGGGGUCCGGCAGAUCCACUCGACGGAGAGUGCCUUUGCAGCGCUCAAGGAGGACGGCUCUGUGGUGACAUGGGGCAACUCGGACUGCGGUGGCGACAGCAGCGAGGUGCAGCUGAACGACGUGCACGCGCUGCAGGCCACGGGUCUAGCCUUCGCCGCCAUCACCGCAGAUGGCUCGGUGAUCACCUGGGGCAAUGCGGAGUACGGGGCGCACAGCACCCAGGUGGCGGAGCAGUUGGUGCGUGUCCGGCAGAUCCAGUCUUCCCGCGCCGCCUUUGCGGCCAUCAAAGACGACGGGUCCGUGGUGACCUGGGGCGAUCCUGCACGGGGAGGCGACAGCAGCCAGGUGCGGGAGCAGCUGGUGCGGGUGCAACAGAUUCAGGCAACUCGCCGGGCCUUCGCAGCCAUUCUGGAGGAUGCUUCCGUGGUGACCUGGGGCAGUCCAGACCACGGCGGUGACAGCAGCCUGGUGCAGGACCAGCUGACCUCGGUCCAGCAGAUCCAGGGCAGCGGCCAGGCCUUUGCCGCUGUGAAAGCUGAUGGCUCGGUGGUCGCCUGGGGCAAUUCGGACCAUGGGGGCAGCUGCCACCAGGUGCAAGUGCCCCUGACCCGCAUUCAGCACGUCCAGGCCAGCUACGGCGCCUUCGCGGCUUUGAGGCACGACGGCGCCGUGGUGGCCUGGGGCGACUGGGACUCGGGCGGCAACGCGAAGGAGGAGCUCCGCGGCGUGACGCGGAUCCAAGCGACGGAGAACGCCUUCGCCGCCAUUAAGGCGGAUGGCACGGUGGUGACUUGGGGCCACCGGGACUACGGCGGUGACAGCCGCAGGGUGCGCGAGCAGCUGACGGAUGUCCAACAGAUCCAAGCCUCUAAGGCAGCCUUUGCUGCCAUCAAGGAGGAUGACGGGUCUUUGGUGACCUGGGGGGACCCCGACUUCGGAAGCGACAGCCGGGCGGUUCAGAGAACGAGAUCCUGA